UGGAUACAGCAGGUCAUUUUCCGUUCCUGACUCUGUCAGCAAGAUUGGAACUUAUACUCAACUACAAAGUGUUAAGGAUGUAGAUUCAUUGGACAUGCAGAGUCAGAGAAGAAGUAUCGCUUUAUCCAAACUUCCUUAUCUUCCACCGAGUCUGGAAGAAACUUCUGCCACGGAUGUUCGUCACCGAAAAGAUCGAAGAAGAAAUCUAUCCGUUGGUUGUUGUCCACUUCUGGUCCAAGAAAGGUCUCAAUUCAGACCACUGACUCAAAGAACGUCGUCUUUAGAAGAAGAUGUUAUGAACUCUUUGAGUUACGAGGUUACAACCCCAGACUACAUUCCAACACAUUCGUCUUCUGAAACGUAUAAAAACCAUCCUUGGGAUUCUCUGUCCAGAAAUAUGUCAAAGAAUUGCGUGCAUCGCUCAGCAAAGACAACAGCACGAGAAGCUGUACAACAGGAAGGACUCGUUACGUCACUUCCGUCUUACAUGUACACUUUAAAACAACGGCUUCGAGAAGAACUAUUGACAGUCAGAGACGAAAGGAAAAGACUGGCAGAACUGACGGAAAAGGGACGAGAUUUAGGCCUCCGUCACAAAAGUGAUACAGACAUCGCCUUUCUCUUGCCACCUUCCGCCUACUUGGACGAUAUGUUUUCCCAGUUGAGAGUUCGAUCGGGACCCGUCAGGACCAUUUCCACGUCUGCACAGACGUCCCCACAAGACAGAGAGGGUGGGUUUUACCUACAACACUCGUCAUCGUACACUAUGGGUGAUAAGAUUCCUGGUUUGCUUCAUUCCAGAACAUUUGAAUCUUCUCUCGGGAAAACUCUUCAAGAUGGCGGUUCUUGGUACACAGAGACGUUGGAUAAACGUUUCCCGGGCUAUCACCAUCACCGUCAUUCAAACAGCUCAACAGAAGAUUCCCAAAACCUGUUUGAUCUGCACAUGAAGGAGACAUCUGACAACAUUACUUUAAGUAACCAUUAUCAAAGAAGGCGGACACG